CCGGGUGAUUCAGCGCGACCGCGCACUUAGUAAUCCUAGAUGGACGAAUAAACGUUUUUUUCUCAGUUAAAUCGGUGUCGAUUCCGCGUAUGAACUAUACGAGAAUGGCGAGAGAAGGCUUAAUUUGCAUCUGCGCCUCUCUGGUCCUCACGCAGCUCCUCGUCGUGAGCGCCGCCGAUCCAAAAACGGAAGACAUAGAUUGGACCACUGUUCACGACGAGUUAAGGAAAUUGGCUGCAACUCUGCGGAAGAAGUGUAUCGGUGAAACUGGCGCGACAAUCGAGAUGCUAGAAGGGGCAGAAAUAGGCGACUUUUCUAGCGAUUCAUUGCCGUGUUACUUCAAGUGCGUGAUGGAGAAAGGCGGCGUGAUGAAGAAAGACGGCAAAAUUAACUUCAAGGUGUUGUCCAAGUUGAUGCCGCAAGCAUACAGGCACAUUGGAAUGGAAAUGCUCGAUCAGUGUCGUAGUAUCGAGGGUAGCGACAAAUGUAACAAGGCCUUGAACUUCAACAAAUGCAUGUACACAGCAAAUCCUGUGGCGUACUUCGUUAUCUAAACGUAGAGUAGGUGUAAGUGCGAGUAAGAUCCCUAAGUAUUGCCUGUAAAAUUUGACAUAAAAUUGAAAAUAAAAUGCCUAAUAAGUGU